GAAUCAUCACAUAACCAGAAGAGCUUCGAUGAUCGUUCAUCGCAGGAUCAAAGGAAGAGAGAGAGAGAGACUCGAAGCCGAACCCGGUGAUCCCGUUUUAUUGAACGGGAGAAGCCACAAAGCACAAGCGGGCGUAUAAGACGCCUGAUCAGGGGAGAGAGAGAGAGAGAGAGAGGGAGAAAGAGAAAGGCAGCAUUUCGUCGAUCAAAGCUCGCAGUUUCGAUCGCUCACUUCUCCCUCUUGUUCUUCUUGAAGAGUAAAAGAAGACGAUUCCAGAGGAAAAGAAUUCUGGAUACUGCGGUUCUUCCUCCGAUUUUCCUUCUUCGAUUGUUUUGAGUAAAUUUCUGCUGUUAAAUUCCAUUGGGAUUAGGAUUGAUCGACGGAUUUGAAAAUAUUUGUAGCCUUUGAAGAGUUCCCGGGACCAACUGAGGAGGAGAUUGCAGGACUUGAUCUUGAGGGUCGUACGAUGCUGAUGUUCUGAUGAAGGCGAGUCCUCCGAUUUGAUUCAAGGCUCUCUGAGUACUAGUACGCCGUUCUGUUAUCAACCAGCAAAAAUCGAAACAGAAGAAGAUCAAGAAAUGUCAAUGGUGGCAGUGAUCCUUGACUAUUAUUAUGCAUCCCAGUUCAUUGGCAAUUCUUUUUCUUCGAAUUAGUUCAUUUGAUGUACUCUGUUAUUACAGGAGAUGGAAAGCAAGCCAACUGGGAAUCACCACCGCGUGCGAGGCACGGGAAGAGGCGGAGGAGCAGUUGAAGCAUUACCUAAUAGCAGCAACCACAACGAGAGUCUACCGACGCCGCCGGAGUUGCUGUUGCAGUGGGGGAGCCGUAAGCGGCUACGGUGCAUCAAGUUCCAGCACAAGGACAACGAUGCCGCCACCGGCAACCAGCCUACCGCUACCACUGCAGCCGCCGCUCGCGCCGACCGUGCUCUUCGAAGAGCCACCUCGGCCCCCUACAAACAGGCGCUCAGGAAUAAUUUGGAGGCGACAGAGGCAGCUGCUAUCAGAGGCAAACGUGGAGUGACAUCGCCGGAGAGGGAGAGGGAGAGGGGCGUGGAAGCUGGGGGAUCGGCGUCGAUGGAUGGGGCUCAGAAGGCGGCAGCGUGGCCUAAGCUGGCUCUGUCGCUGACGAACAAGGAGAAGGAAGAGGACUUUUUGGUCUUCAAGGGUUCCAAACUUCCCCAGCGCCCCAAGAAGCGGGCCAAGCUCCUUCAGCGGACCAUCAACCUGGUGAGCCCGGGGGCAUGGCUUUGUGAUCUGACCCUAGACCGGUAUGAAGUCCGAGAAAAGAAGAUCUCAAAGAAGAAGCCACGGGGUUUAAAGGCGAUGGGAAACAUGGAAAGUGACUCGGAAUAGCAGAUAAGGAGGUUGAGCGAACAACGAAAGAAUAACCAAGAGAUCAAAGUCAUAUAAGAAGGUGGUGAUACACAUGAGUUGUUCGAAGUCUAGGGUACGGAUGUUUCAUCCUGUUAAAAGGUGAGGUGAAGAGUAAAAAGAAAGUAGGAGCAACUAGUGAAAUUUUUUAUGGAUCUAACCCUUGUGCAAAGAGAAACAUGCUCACAGCAGUCUUGUGUUAUAACACUAGAAAAUGCAGAUAUAGGAUCUGCAAUUCUUUCUCUAUUCGACUUUGUUAUUUCUUUUUUUGGUUAAUGAAACUAUCCGGAUUGAAGAGA